AUGGUUGACAAUCGAGAUGGAAGAAAGCGUAAUGUACAUUUUUCAAAGUACAGGAUACUGAAGGCAGGUAAAUCCAUUCAGUGUGGAAAGUACAUCAGAAAUAGAUCACAUCUCUUUGUGCACCAAACAAUACACAGAGGGGAGAAACCUUUUGAAUGCUCAGAGUGUGGAAAGAGAUUCAGUAGAAGUGGCUAUCUUCAAGUUCACCGAAGAACUCACACAGGGGAGAAACCUUUUGAAUGCUCAGAGUGUGGAAAGAGAUUCAGUAGAAGUGGCUAUCUUCAAGUUCACCGAAGAACUCACACAGGGGAGAAACCUUUUGAAUGCUCAGAGUGUGGAAAGAGAUUCAGUAGAAGUGGCUAUCUUCAAGUUCACCGAAGAACUCACACAGGGGAGAAACCUUUUGAAUGCUCAGAGUGUGGAAAGAGAUUCAGUAGAAGUGGCUAUCUUCAAGUUCACCGAAGAACUCACACAGGGGAGAAACCUUUUGAAUGCUCAGAGUGUGGAAAGAGAUUCAGUAGAAGUGGCUAUCUUCAAGUUCACCGAAGAACUCACACAGGGGAGAAACCUUUUGAAUGCUCAGAGUGUGGAAAGAGAUUCAGUAGAAGUGGCUAUCUUCAAGUUCACCGAAGAACUCACACAGGGGAGAAACCUUUUGAAUGCUCAGAGUGUGGAAAGAGAUUCAGUAGAAGUGGCUAUCUUCAAGUUCACCGAAGAACUCACACAGGGGAGAAACCUUUUGAAUGCUCAGAGUGUGGAAAGAGAUUCAGUAGAAGUGGCUAUCUUCAAGUUCACCGAAGAACUCACACAGGGGAGAAACCUUUUGAAUGCUCAGAGUGUGGAAAGAGAUUCAGUAGAAGUGGCUAUCUUCAAGUUCACCGAAGAACUCACACAGGGGAGAAACCUUUUGAAUGCUCAGAGUGUGGAAAGAGAUUCAGUAGAAGUGGCUAUCUUCAAGUUCACCGAAGAACUCACACAGGGGAGAAACCUUUUGAAUGCUCAGAGUGUGGAAAGAGAUUCAGUAGAAGUGGCUAUCUUCAAGUUCACCGAAGAACUCACACAGGGGAGAAACCUUUUGAAUGCUCAGAGUGUGGAAAGAGAUUCAGUAGAAGUGGCUAUCUUCAAGUUCACCGAAGAACUCACACAGGGGAGAAACCUUUUGAAUGCUCAGAGUGUGGAAAGAGAUUCAGUAGAAGUGGCUAUCUUCAAGUUCACCGAAGAACUCACACAGGGGAGAAACCUUUUGAAUGCUCAGAGUGUGGAAAGAGAUUCAGUAGAAGUGGCUAUCUUCAAGUUCACCGAAGAACUCACACAGGGGAGAAACCUUUUGAAUGCUCAGAGUGUGGAAAGAGAUUCAGUAGAAGUGGCUAUCUUCAAGUUCACCGAAGAACUCACACAGGGGAGAAACCUUUUGAAUGCUCAGAGUGUGGAAAGAGAUUCAGUAGAAGUGGCUAUCUUCAAGUUCACCGAAGAACUCACACAGGGGAGAAACCUUUUGAAUGCUCAGAGUGUGGAAAGAGAUUCAGUAGAAGUGGCUAUCUUCAAGUUCACCGAAGAACUCACACAGGGGAGAAACCUUUUGAAUGCUCAGAGUGUGGAAAGAGAUUCAGUAGAAGUGGCUAUCUUCAAGUUCACCGAAGAACUCACACAGGGGAGAAACCUUUUGAAUGCUCAGAGUGUGGAAAGAGAUUCAGUAGAAGUGGCUAUCUUCAAGUGCACCGAAGAACCCACACAGGGGAGAAACCUUUUGAAUGCUUAGAGUCUGGAAAGUGA